AUGAGGGAGGUUGUGGUUGUCGCAAUUGCUGCUACACUUGGGAAUCUGCUAACCGGAUGGGAUAGUUCCACCAUUGCAGGGGGCAUGGCUUACAUCAAAGAAGAAUUCAACUUGGAAGCAGAUCCAACACUUGAGGGGUUAAUUGUGUCCAUGUCAUUUCUCACUGGCACUGUUGUGACAAUAUUCUCCGGCACAGUUUCUGACAUGCUUGGAAGGCGUCCAAUGCUAAUAACAUCAUCGGCUAUGUUUUUCAUAAGUGGUUUGGUGAUGUCAUGGGCUCCUAAUGUUGCUGUGGUUUUGCUGUCAAGGCUAUUGGAUGGUAUUGCUAUUGCAUUAGCUCUAACACUUACUCCUCUUUACAUAUCAGAGAUUGCACCACCUGAUAUCAGAGGUACACUCAACACUCUGCCACAGUUUUCAAGCUCUGGGGGAAUGUUUUUGGCAUAUAUCAUGGUGUUCUCUUUGUCCUUGACCGACUCGCCAAGUUGGAGAGCUAUGCUUGGUGUUAUUUCCAUUCCUUCUGUUGCUUAUUUUUUUCUGGCUGUGUUCUAUCUCCCUGAAUCUCCUCCUUGGCUUGUAAGUAAAGGUAGAAUCCAUGAGGCCAAGAAGGUUCUGCAAAGAAUUCGAGAGGUUGAUGAUGUUUCAGGGGAACUGGCUUUGCUAGCUGAGGGAAUGAAUCCAGGGGGUGAAUCGACGACGGUAGAAGAGUACAUAGUGGCUCCUGCGAGUGACCUCAUUGCAAACAAGGAAGCAGGGAGGGAAUGCAUAAAGCUAUAUGGACCCAACCAAGGAGUUUCAAUGCUUGCUCAACCAGUGAGUGGACAAGGUAGCAUGAUUUCCCGCAGCAUGUUAACGUUGUCUCGCCAAGGAAGCAUAGUUGCCCAAGCUGCUGCAAAUCUCAAGGAUCCUUUAGUUAACCUCUUUGGCAGCAUGCAUGAGAAUAUUGCCCCAGAAUCUGGUGGUUCAAGAAGUACACUAAUUCCCAAAGUGGCAAAUAUUUCCAACAUGGGAGAGCCAGAUCAGAGCCCCUUUGGCACCAGUGACAACUUGCACGCUCCAUUACUUGCAGCCCAAGGAAGUGUUUUGGGGAGCAAUAGCAACCUGAGAGGUAGCUAUGUUGGGGAAGUGCCUAAGAACACAAACAUUGGUGGAGGUUGGCAAUUGGUUUAUAAAUCUGCUGAGGGUGGGAAAAAGGACCUCCAAAGAGUUUAUUUGCGUGCGGAUCCCACUUUAGUGUCACAGCAAGGUUCAUUUGUUUCUGGUUAUGGCUUGCAUGCUGACGUUGGUGAAACUUUUCCAGCAGCUGCACUUGUCAGCCAGUCAGUUCUCAGCACUAAGGAUAUGAAGGUUAAAUCAGAAAUUGCUGCAAAACGUACAGGUUGGGGAGGUUUGUUAGAUCCGGGAGUCAAGCGUGCAUUGAUUGUUGGAAUUGGACUACAAGUUCUUCAACAGGCUGCUGGUAUAAAUGGAUUUCUAUACUAUGCUCCUCAGAUUCUUCAGCAGGCAGGAGUUGGAGGUCUUUUGUCAAAUUUGGGUAUUAGUUCAACGUCUGCUACGUUACUCGUAAAUGUCAUUACAACAUUCACCAUGCUUCCUUGUAUAGCUCUUUCCAUGAGGCUCAUGGAUAUUGCUGGCAGAAGGUCAAUAAUGCUGUAUACAGUACCCAUUUUGAUAGUGUCUCUCACGGUACUAGUUGUCCGGGACUCACUUCCCAUAAAUACGACACUCAGUGCAGCAAUCACUGCUGUAUGUGUUGUGGUGUACGAAAGCGUUUUCUGCAUGGGUUUUGGUGUGAUUCCCAACAUCUUAUGUUCAGAAAUUUUCCCAACAAGUGUUCGUGGAAUUUGCAUUUCCAUUUGUUCCCUUACAUAUUGGAUCUGCACCUUAAUUGUCACUUCUUCAUUUCCCGUCUUGCUCCGUCUCCUUGGUCUUACUGGGGUCUUUGGAUUAUUUGUUGUUGGGUGCAUCAUUUCAUGGAUAUUUGUCUACAUGAAAGUUCCUGAAACAAAGGGCAUGCCUUUAGAAGUCAUCAUUGAGUUCUUUGCCAUUGGUGCAAAGCCUGAGUGA